GAAAAGUGAUUACAGCAGUGGGUAAUCGCGACCAUCAGCCCAGGGACUGCCAACUCAAAACGCACCCAGACUCAAAUGAAGGGAAAAGUCAUAUAAUUUGUAACCAUGGACAGCUGACGCCUUUGUUAAAAUGUAUACACAGUGUAAAGCAUUGAUGAUGUGUGGGCCACCACCCAGCUCCCUACUCCGCGCAAACUGGAGCGAAGGGACAGCAUCACCUCGCCCCGGUGUGCGACCCGGGGCUGCGCGGCGGGGAACGGGCCCGCCUUCGGGAAAAUCCCCCGCAGCAUCACCCCACCAUGGCCCCUAUCCACCUUCCGAGCUCCUCCCGGCCCCUCCGUGCGAGGGAUGGAGCCCUCGUCCCGCUCCCUGAGCACUCAUUAACCGCGAUGCCGCCGCUCCGCUGGGCCGGGCCGGCCGCUCCUGCCCGGGGAGGCCGGGCCAACAGAGCCGCCCCCUUCCCGCUCGCUGCCGCGGCUGCCGGCUGAGGGCUGGGACCGUGCCGUGCCAUGGCCGCUCCCUGCUACCUGGGCUGGGAUUUCAGCACGCAGCAGUUGAAAGUCAUUGCUAUUGAUGAACAGCUGAGGGUCAUUUAUGAGGAUAAUGUUCAUUUUGAUAAGGACCUUCCGGAAUUUAAGACUCAAGGUGGAGUCUAUAUUCACAGUGACAGACUGACAGUCACUUCACCAGUGCUUAUGUGGGUCAAGGCUCUGGAUAUGAUCUUGGAAAAGAUGAAGUCUUCAGGCUUUAACUUCUCUCAAGUCAGAGCUUUGUCUGGUGCUGGCCAGCAACAUGGGAGUGUGUACUGGAAAAAAGGAAGCAUCCAGAUUUUAAAGAAUGCAUCAUCUGAACUGCCUUUACAUCAAUCACUAAAGGGCUGUUUUUCAGUCAGUGACAGCCCCAUCUGGAUGGAUUCCAGCACAGCCUCCCAGUGCAGAGCUCUGGAGAAAGCCGUGGGGGGAGCCCAGCACCUGGCGAGUGCCACUGGCUCCCGGGCCUAUGAGCGUUUUACAGGAAACCAGAUAGCAAAGAUUUACAGCCAGAAUCCUGAAGUCUACAAGCAAACUGAGAGAAUCUCUUUGGUCAGUAGCUUUGCAGCUUCCCUUUUUUUAGGAACUUAUGCACCCAUUGAUUACAGUGAUGGUUCUGGUAUGAACUUGCUGCACAUUUGGGAAAAGGCGUGGUCAAAGCCCUGCCUUGAUGCUUGUGCCCCUGGAUUAGAGGAGAGACUAGGAUGCCCUGUACCAUCCCACUCAGUGCUGGGGCCCAUUUCUCCAUAUUAUAGUCAGCGUUAUGGGUUUAGCCCAGACUGUAAAAUAGUAGCAUUUACAGGAGACAAUCCAGCAUCACUGGCAGGGAUGAGGCUUCAGGAAGGAGACAUUGCAAUUAGCCUUGGCACAAGUGACACAUUGUUCCUGUGGAUCCAAGAGCCAACUCCUGCCUUAGAAGGUCAUAUCCUCUGCAAUCCUGUUGAUUCUCAAACAUAUAUGGCACUUUUAUGCUUUAAGAAUGGUUCUCUGAUGAGAGAGAGGAUCAGAGAUGACUGUGCUUCAGGCUCCUGGGAUGAGUUCUCCAAAGCCUUAUCAUCAACUGUUGCUGGAAACAGUGGAAACUUGGGUUUCUACUUUGAUGUGAUGGAAAUUACUCCUGAAGCAGUUGGGAUUCACAGAUUCAACAGAGACAACCAAAAGGUUUCAAGAUUUCCAAAGGAAGUAGAAAUACGAGCAUUGGUUGAAGGGCAGUUCAUGGCCAAGAGGAUUCAUGCUGAAAAGCUGGGAUAUAAAGUCUUACCCAGAACAAGGAUUUUGGCUACUGGUGGUGCAUCCCACAAUAAAAAGAUCUUACAGGUCCUGUCUGACGUGUUCAACGCGCCCGUGUUCACCAUCGACACGGCCAACUCUGCCUGUCUGGGAAGUGCUUACAGAGCAAUCCAUGGACUUGUAGCUGAGAGGAAUGUGUCCUUGGCUGAUGCUGUGAAAUUAGCACCCGAGCCCAGACUGGCUGUUACACCCACCCCAGGGGCUGAGGAGCUGUAUCGUCCACUUCUGAAAAGAUAUGCUGAGCUUGAACAGAAGGUUAUCUACAACCCAGCCUCUUCUUGUCCUGCGAAAUAGAAGCAAACAAAAUUUAUAUGUUGGCUGAGUGGACUCCAAGGAGAAGAUCAGAAGAGAUUUGCUCAGAAUUUACUGGAGCCAUUUAAAUCAUUUCGCUCCUGGUUGUAGACAAAUAAUUUUUAAAUGUCUGUGUUUGAGUGUGUUGGUGGGGAAAAAAUUACAUUGUGAUUGAAAAUCUUCUUUUUCUGACCUAGAGACAGGGCUCUUGAGAGGUGUUUUAAAAACUUUUAUUUCAUUUUCAGUCUCAUGUGAAGGGUGAGACAGUACAGAUGUUACAAUUCACGCCAUCACAAUCAGAAGCUAAAUUAUUUUUUAAUUACAAUACGUUAUAAGCAUUUCUUGGCCUAUCAGCUUUUGCCUUAAAGCCAAUCAUCUGAAAUUAACCCCUCGUGGGUCCUACUACAAUGAAUCUUCCAUAGUUCUAUUUCUCCAAAGUAUCUAGUCUGUUUGCAAGGCCAUCCUUUGAAACUUGUUUCCAGUUCCAUUUCUCCCUCAACAAUAUUUGUCCUAUUCCAUGGAAUUUCUAAGUCAAUAUAUUUUAUCUCAGAGUUUGCAUACAGAUGCACAAGACUAUGUGAGCGUUCUGUCUGGCUUUGAGAAUCCUCUACAAAUCCAUUUCUCACAAAACCUGAUUAAAAAAGCAUCACACUGCUCUGUGUGUGGCCUCAAUUUUUCUAGGUGCUUUUCAGACUGUGCUUGCUGUUUUGGAAGAGGUGGGUGACAAAGUCAAGCUUCUUGUGUAUGUGAGUCACUCUACCCAUCUCUGUCAGCUUUGAUUCCAUGUGUUUGGCAUGCCAGCCUCUGCAUACCUGUCUAACAAAGUAUCUUAAUUCCUCAGCUUCUCUUGCUUAAAUGUCUUGAGACUAUCUUUCUGUUCAUCUGUAACUUGGAGAUGUUUAUACCAUUGCCUGCACAGAAAACAUAAGCACACUGACUUAAUCCCAUCUUUCUUUAAUAUGUGGAGGAUGAAAGUCUUUAAAGACUCUGAGAAGGGAAAUUCCUGUCACAUGACACUAUGGAAAGCCUGUUGUGUGAUAAAACAUGAUAUGGCAGGGGUUUAUAGAUUGUGGAAAGCACAGAGAUCUUAUGUGAUACAGACACCACUGCACAAUGUUUUACUUGACAUCAGUUUUGUAAAAAAGAAAAUAAGAGACCAAACAUGGGAAGUUUCAUGCAUCCCCUUUCUGCUUCAAAAAGCAGUCAGUUCAUCUGCACACCAGCUUGGGGUUAUUGUCCUUCUUCCUCUUUGUCAUGGCUGUGAAAUUCUGUGUUGUGCUCUGCUUUUAACAAGGCAGGAAGUUAAUUUUUUUCUUACACCCCAAAUAUCUCAUUUCUUUCUUGGAGAUCUUUAGUAGAACAGCUUGAUUGUCUUGCUCUGUUGCCACUGUUUCACUUCAAAUGUUUUAGUCCAGAUUAAGUAGCCUCUAGCUGAGAAAAUCUUAGAAAACAUGAGCCAGAGAUUUUUCUGCAAAGAUGUGUGAAAGUUGAAGGAUUUGAAUGAACAUCCCUGUGCAAGUGGGAACACUUUACUGCAUUCUGUGGAGCUGGUAUCCUUCCCUUAGGAUAAAAUUUCUCCUGGGAAUAAAGCAGAUUGUUUAAUGAAAGUGACUGAAGCCUUUCUUCCCUUCCUGUAGAGGCUGUAAUGUGUCUUGGGAGUAAGCCAGGGAAUUGUAGAGGGUAGAGGAUGUCUUUAUUGACUGAGAGCUGGAUUGUGCCCCUGCUGGAGCUGGAUGACUCAAAUUCAUAUUCUUCACAUCUUGGGGACAUAGGAGCACUCUCCCUAUCCCUGCCACAUCUCUGUUGAGAGUGGAACCCCUGGCCAUGACUCACCUCUGGAGUGGCCAGGGAAUACUCACAUUCCUCCUUUGGUCUCCCUUUUAUAUUUAAGUGCUUCACUUUUGAGGACCAGCAGUACCAUUUUUUGUUCACUGCUGAAUAAUUACAACUGCUCCUGAUAUUAGCAUGAUUACUCAGGAAGGUCAAGAAUUACAUUUCCGAGUUGCUAAAGCAGGCUUCUUUUAAGCAAUUGCUUUAAAAGGUGGCAUUAGAAAUACACAUCUAUCUCUUUUAUGUGCUUAUUAUUCUGGGUCCAAAGGUACAGUACUAAAACAUAUAAUACUUCUUGCAGGCCUCCACUGUCAGCAGUUGCUUUGUCAUUGAGCAAGGCUGCAGAGAAAUGCAGGAGGAUUAAUUAAUACAAGUUAAACAAUGCCUGCUAGUUUAAGCAGCAUUACCAUCAUUGUUAGCCUGAAGUUCUGCCAGGUUACUGGUUUGAUGUCAAAGUUAACCACACAGGGAAGGGGUUUGGAGAGGUCACAAUCACAGAAUGGGUUGGGUUGGAAGGGGCCACUGUGGCCUCACCUCCCUGUUGUUCCAAGAGGGCUACCCCAGACCACAUGGCAUAGGAUUUUGUCCAGGUGGUUCUGGAAUAUCUCCAGUGAGGGAGACUCCACAGCCUCUCUGAGUGAUCUGUUCCAGUGCUCAGUCACUGCCCAGUAAAGAGGUUGUUCCUCAUGUUCAGGUGGAAUUUUCUGGGCAUCACUUUCUGCCCAUUCCUCUUGUCCCAUUGCUGGGCACCACUGAGGAGAGCCUGGUCUAUGCUGAGGCUGAACAGCCCCAGCUCCCUCACCCUUCCCUCGUAAGAGAGAAUCUCCAGACCCUUGAUGACCAGAGGAAGGUGUUCCUCCUGACAUUCAUUUACCCUGGUCUCCUGGGUCAGAGAUUCCUGAGGGCUGGUCUUAUUGGUGAAGACUGAUGAAAGGAAGGCAUCCAAUAACUCUGCCUUCUCUAAAUCUUUCAGCUUUGUGCAGUUUUGGUGACAAUAUCUUGAGUAGCUCAUUUGUUUUGUCAGGGUGAGAUGAUUAUUGUCUCUUGUAGCUUUCUGGCUUUAUUUGCUUGUGAAAUAGGAGGCUCAAGAUCAGUUUUCUUACUCAGCUGAGGAAGAUUAAAGCUCACAUUUCCCAGCUCACAGCACACUGCAGAACAUUUCUAGUUAAUAUCUUGGCUCCUAGCAAAGUAUUAUGUGGUAGUAGGAUAUUGUCUGCAUGAUUUAACUACUUUCUGGGCCUGAGCUCUUCUCUGGAUAGGGAGAGGAGAUACUUCCUUGUCUGUUGGGCUGGGCUGGGGCUCUCUGACAUGUCCCACAUCAGCAUUAAAGCACUGUGUGUUUGCAGCAGGAGUCCCUGAGAAGAGGCUGGGAUGCAGGGCUCUGAAGAGUGAGCCACCACUGAAUUACAGAAUUGCUGUGGUGAUGGGUUUAUUAGGGCUGGCCUCUGAGGAACAGUGUCUGGAGUACAAGAAUUUAUAGACAAGCUCUUUUUUUUUCCAGCUCACCCAAGUUGCACAUGUUCACUGACUAGUGUCUGAUAGAAUAAGACUCAAUAAAUCUCCUCCUUGAAAGGUCCUUUGAAGAAAUUCUGCUGUAAGACUUCUACUACUCUUUUCUUUUUUUCCUUCUAGGAAUGCACAUUGGCUCACCAAGGAAACACAGGCUUCUUGCUCUCAUGUGCACAUCUCUUUUAAAAAGUCCCCAGUGAUGGAAGGAUCUGGUGCCCUUUGGUUUCCAAAACCCUGUGGGCUUUUUGCCAGCUUGUCUGCCUUGUGGUACUCUGGUUGUUGGGAGUAGAGGUGGUGUUAUGGUAUCAGCUGAACUCGAUGAUCUUGGAGCUGUUUUCCAACCUCAGCAAUUCUAUGACUUAAUCAACAGCUUAUCUGAGAGAAAUCUAAAGGCAAGGCAAUAGUUUCUACCUCUAAAUAUUUGAUAGAGGUUGAUUCCCUCCUUCCUCCACAGGGGACUUUACUGUUCUUCAAGGUGAGCAGCAUGGCAUGCCCAUCUUGCCUAGAUGAAAGGUUGGCUUCUGUGUUUAAAUAUCUGAUGAACUAUUCCCAGUCUAGAAUAACUUGAUGGAAAAUUGAUCUCACCUCCUGUAAAAACAAAACAAAACAAAACAAAACAAAACAAAACAAAACAAAACAAAACAAAACAAAACAAAACAAAACAAAACAAAACAAAACAAAACAAAACAAAACAAAACAAAACAAAACAAAACAAAACAAAACAAAACAA